AUGACUUUGGGCAAACUACUCACCUGUUUCAUCUCCGAUUGGUCAGUGAUAGAAAAGGAACUGGCCACCGAUUGCUCUGAUGAUCCGCAGGCUCAGAAAUACAUCGCAGAAAGUAAAUGCUUAGUCAUUGAGAAAAAAGGGAAAUUACGAUACAAACUAGAUAUCGGAGAAGAAACAAAAUUCGUUAACCCAGAAGAUGUUGCCAGGCUGAUAUUCAGAAAAAUGAAAGCCUUUUUUUUUUUUGUCUCUUUCUCGUUUGUGUACAGAGCAAGAUUUGAACUCCUUUGCUCUCCACUCUUUAAUAAAUGCAUAGAAGCAAUCAGACAACUCUUAGCUCAAAGUGGAUUCACAACAGAUGAUAUCAACAAGGUUGUCCUUUGUGGAGGAUCUUCUCGAAUGCCAAAGCUGCAGCAGCUCAUUAAAGACCUUUUUCCUGCUGUAGAGCUUUUAAGUUCCCUCCCUCCAGAUGAGGUGAUCCCCAUGGGUGCAGCAAUAGAAGCAGGGAUUCUUAUUGGGAAGGAAAACUUAUUAAUGCAAGACUCUCUUAAGAUUGAAUGUUCAGCCAAAGAUAUUUUAAUUAAGGGAGUGGAUGAAUCAGGAAUCAACAGAUUCACAAUACUGUUUCCAUCAGGAACUCCUUUGCCAGCUAGAAGGCAGCACACCUUACAAGCACCUGGAAAUAUAUCUUCAGUCUGCCUAGAACUCUAUGAGUCAGAAGGGAAAAAUUCUGCAAAAGAGGAAAACAAAUUUGCACAGGUUGUACUACAGGAUUUAGAUAAGAAAGAAAAUGGAUUGCGUGAUAUAAUAGCUGUUCUUACUAUGAAAAGAGAUGGAUCUUUACAUGUGGCAUGCACAGAUCAAGAGACUGGAAAAUGUGAAGCAAUCACGAUUGAGGUGGCGUCCUAGCAUUUUAGAGAAACCCUAAAUUUGUACAACCAGAAGGUCAACAUUGUUCGGUUUUGUUUAUAAGUGAUGUUUAUAUUAAAGUCCUUUUUAUGCAAACUAUAUAUUGUUUCUAUUAAACAACAAUAUAUUGGUAA